AUGUCGGCGAUAGUGGGGCACGACGACGGCUCGCCGCCGUCCCCGCUCCACCUGCUGGAGGUCACGGUCAUCUCCGCGCAGGACCUGCACCGGCGCCACCGGCUCAGCCACCGGGUGCGCGCGUACGCCGUGGCGUGGAUCGACGGCACGCGGAAGCUGCGCACGGAGGUCGACCUCGCCGGCGGGGCCGACCCGACGUGGAACGACCGGUUCCUCUUCCGCGUGGACGCCGGGUUCCUCAAGUCGGAGACCGCCGCCGUCGUCGUCGAGGUGCGCGCGACCCGGAGGUUUGGCUCUGAUGUUGUCCUUGGACGCACGGGGAUCGUGGUGAGUACCUUCGUGCGCGUGCACUCGUCCAGGCUCACUGCUGCUCCUGCGGUGGCGGUGGCGCCCACCGGCCGGCAGGUGGCGGCGCUGCAGCUCAGGCGCCCGCGGUCGCUCCGGCCGCAGGGCGUGCUCAACGUGGCGGUGACGCUGCUGGGCGCCGCCCAGGCGCGCGCCGUGGCGCCCAUCUACCACAUGCCGGGGUCCCCGGACGCGUUCGCCAUGAAGGACCUCGUGGCGAUGAGGCCGGCGCCGUUCCUGUCAGAGAUCACGGAGGAGGGCGCGGCCGAGACGAGGGAUCUGGAGUACUACGCGCGCCGCCAGCGGCCGUUGGUUGAGCACUCCGGGCCGCUGGACCCGAGGGGCGCCGCCAUCGAGCAGAGCAAGCUGGCCAUGAAGCUGGAGAAGUGGAGGGUGGAUCUGUCCCCGGACCACGGGGAUCAUGACGGUCGCGGCGGCGGCAAGUCAGGGAGGUGGCUGCGCCGGACCUCCUGCUUCGGCCGCCAGGAGAGCUGGGAAAGGUAA